AUGGGCAAAGACGCUGACAGAGUAGCCAAAACUUUGACAAGUGUUACAAUCGGUGCAGGUUUGAUAGGAAUCAGUAUCUUAUGCCCACCUUUGGGAGCAGCAGCGACAACCACUUAUGGAAUAGUAGGCGCAUCAAUGGAAGUUGCUGGAUCAUUAUCUAAUAAUGACGAACUGAAAGAAGUUGGGGAAGUUAUUACGUUUGGAGCAGGAAUAGGAGGACUAGGCUGCGGAGCUAUAGCUGCUUUUAGUCCAGGAACUCAUGCUGCUUGUGCCGGUUGCAAAGGCGCGCCGUGGGGAAAAAAGAUUUAG